UGAAAAUCAUCCAUCAUGGGUAAGGGACAGCCUAGAGGUUUGAACGCAGCCCGUAAGCUUCGCAUUGACCGCCGUGAACAGCGUUGGGCUGAUAAGCAGUACAAGAAGCGUGCUCUCGGCACCGCUUUCCGCUCCUCGCCAUUCGCUGGUGCUUCGCACGCCAAGGGCAUUGUCCUCGAAAAGAUUGGUGUCGAAGCCAAGCAGCCUAACUCUGCCAUUCGUAAGUGUGUCCGUGUCCAACUUAUCAAGAACGGCAAGAAGGUCACCGCUUUCGUUCCCAACGACGGUUGUUUGAACUAUGUCGACGAAAACGACGAAGUCCUCAUUGCCGGUUUCGGUCGUAAGGGUCGCGCUAUUGGUGAUAUUCCCGGUGUCCGUUUCAAGGUUGUUAAGGUCGCUGGUGUCUCCUUGCUCGCUUUGUACAAGGAGAAGAAGGAGAAGCCCAGAUCGUAAAUCUACUUUUUUUCUCUCUCUCUCUCUCAUCAUAUUGCCUUGCCUUCUUAUUGUGCAGUAAUAAAAAAAGGACGAAAGAGUUAUGCUCCUUCUAAAAGAAAAAGAA